GAACCAACACCACCCAUCCCUUAUUCCAGUCCAACCAAGACAGAUAGAUACCCCAAAUCAGCACCGAUCAUAAAUAACAGCACCAACACCAUUUGAUUUUUUCAAAUCAACUCACCCUGAUCCCGUGCCUCUUUUCUCUCUACCAUCAAAAACACAUCUUCUAUAUUUCUUUCUGGAACAAUCUAUCUCUCUCUUUCUUUUCUCUCAAGCAACAUUAGAGCUAGAAUACUGCAGAAACCAGGCGCGCCAUGGCUGCCUGUGGAAGCCUCCAACACAUCUUUGAGACCCCAUUGCCCGCCGAGAACCCAACACUGCUCGACCCCCUCUCCUCGUGGAACAUUCAGCCUGUCACACCCAUCAACAACUCGUCCUUCACUGAGAUCUUCGGAGAGCUGCAUUUCAAUGACAAUUCUCCACUGUCAUCAUCAUCACCUCAUGUGUCAACAUCCUUCUCAUCAUCAUCUUUGGUCGAUUUUGAUUCACAACCCAAGAUUAUUAAGGAGUGCAAUGGCAACAAAAAUGGGGAGACUGACCACAAGAUCAACCCCAUAUCAAAGGAAGAAUCUUUUUUAAGCACAGAGAAGAACUACAACAGGUCUCAUAAAAGCAGCGACAGCUUUUCAUCAAUGAAUUCAGAAAGCUUGCAACUGUGCACAGAGGGGCUUGGUUUUGAGAGCUCAGGCGAUGUGGAGGACUUGAGGAGUAGCAACGUGAGGGAAGAAUGGCAAAAUAUUCAAGAGGAGCAGGUUAGUUUCACGACAAAGCCAUGUUAUAUGGCAACAUCAGAUAAUCAUUUUUGUGGACAUAGGAAGUCAAGGAGUGCUGGUGUUGGAGGAUUCCCUCCACCAAUUUCUUGCAUAAGCAAGAGUGGGAAGCCUUGGGUUUGCUUCAAGUCUUAUAGGCACAACGGCAGGUUUGUCCUCAAAGAAAUAAGAAUUCCCACCCAGGAGUUCCUUCAUGCAUACAGAGAAGGUGGUCGUCUCAAGCUGAACUUCAUUCACCAUGAGGAUGAACAGAUCCUCAGCGAGGUAGAUCGGGAAGACGAUGAUGACGAUGAUGAAGAAGAUUGUGAUGAUAAUACUGACGAUCAGGAAGAAAAUGAAGAUGAGCAUGCAGAUGACGAUGCAGUAAAUGAAGGAAAUGAGGCGAACACUGGAACUUGCAGUACAAAUGAGGUCUGAGGUUCUACAUGUUUUAGGUAGGAAUAAGUUUCAAGGUUGAAGUGAUGUAGCAUUGCAGUAAGGCUUUCAAGUAUCUGUGUCAUUCCUCCCACAAAAACAUGCCGGUUUUUCUUUUGUUAACAAGGAAUAUGUGCAGAUAAUUAGACCUAAGAAAACGAGGAGAUAUGGCUUUUGCCAUUUAGAGAAUAAUUCCUCCUGCAGUGAACUUUUUAGCAGUGAACUAAAUUGUUGUGCAUUUUCUUUACAUUGUAACAAUCACAGACACAAAGCGUUAGCAAUCUCAACCAUUUAUUUCUUCUA